AUGGACCCGAACGAGCGCGAUAGCCCCCUAUCCAUAGCCUCCAACAUCAUCGGCAUCCUCACCUUCGUCGUCGCCAUCGCCGCCGCAGUCUACGCGCGUGUAAACUACCUCCGCAACAGCGACGAAGAAUACUUCCGCGUCAAAGCCUCCCUAUCCUGGUACAAGACCGAGUCGACAUGGCUCGCUGAGCUCAUCCAAGCCGCAGCUCUCGACGGGAGCGCGAGCUCCAAAUUAUCUCACGCCCACGCAUUCGCCGACCAGAACCAACGCACACGUCUGCCGAACUAUCAGCGCUUCCUACCAGAGUACCAGAUGUACGCAUACGUCAUGGACGAUCUGGACAGGCUGGAGAAGCGUCUUCUCGAAAUCGUCGAGGAGACGGAGCUGAGGGCCGCCGAGGGGGAUGCGCGGAGGGCAGAGGGCUGGACGCUGGUGCCGAAUGGGUGGGCGUUGGGGUCUGGGGUGGCUAUGGCUUGGUUGCCGGUGAGGAAGAAGGCUUUGGAACUCGUGAGGCAGAGGGAUGCGUUGACGGGGAGGGUGCAGUUUGCGCAGAUGAGCAUGAUAUCUUCACGUGUACGCGACCUUGAAACGAGGAUGAAAUGGAUGGAGACGAUAAACUACGAAUCUUUAACCCGGCUCGAGAAAUACGUAACUGAGCAGCGCGACGACGUGCUGAGACUCGAAGAGCUGGUGUGUCUUCUCAGCAAGAGGGACGACCAGAAGCGGUACAGUCUCGACGUGCAGAGCGUCAUCGACAUAGCGGCCAAGGCGCGGAGGUUAUCUCUGUCGCAAGGUUCACAGAGGAAGGGGAGGGGGCAUGAGCGGCGGCCGAGCACGCCGCAUUCCCUAUCGAGAUCUUUAUCUAGAUGA